AUUCCGGUCUUGCUGUCCGGUACACUACACCACUCCUGCACUCCUCAAUCCUCAAUUCCUCAUUGCCCUGCCGCCCAUGCCCGUGUUGCCAUUUGUACAGACUACAGAGCAGAUAGCUUAUCUCUAGCGAGGCCAGCCCUGCCCAGCCAGCCGAGCACCUCUGGGGUCUGAGCUCUGACUGAGCAUUGGGGCUGGGGAUUUCUCGAAGCCAUAAAAGAGCGAGCCCCCAGAAAAGAAGCCUACCAAGUACCUCCAGCCCUCCGAGGCUCCGAGCAGCCGCAGUACCACUACCACUACUCCACCAGUCCAGCAAGCAAGGGAAGGGCGCAGCCGCGCAGGUGGGAAGAAGGGGGGCGAGGAACCAAUCCGACCCCCUCCAUGGCUCCCUCGCGCUCCCUCGCCCUCUUCCUGCUCUGCAUUCUGGCGCCGGCGCCUCCCGUCUCCGCCGCAUUGCUGUUCGGCGGCGGGAAGUCGUCGGCCGCGGCGGGGAAGGCGGCGGACCUGGACAUGGAGUGGCGGCCGGCCACCGCGACGUGGUACGGCGACGCCGAGGGCGACGGCAGCGACGGCGGCGCGUGCGGGUACGGGACGCUGGUGGACGUGGUGCCGAUGAAGGCGCGGGUGGGGUCGGUGAGCCCCGUGCUGUUCAAGGACGGCGAGGGCUGCGGCGCCUGCUACAAGGUCAAGUGCCUGGACCGGGGCAUCUGCUCGCGCCGGGCGGUGACGGUGAUCGUCACCGACGAGUGCCCCGGCGGGCUCUGCGCCUUCGGCCACACGCACUUCGACCUCAGCGGCGCCGCCUUCAGCAGGAUGGCCGUCGCCGGCGCCGGCGGCCGCCUUCGCGACCGGGGCCAGCUGAACGUCGUCUACAGGAGGACGGCCUGCAAGUACGGCGGGAAGAACAUAGCAUUCCGUGUGAACGAGGGCUCGACCAACUUCUGGCUCUCGCUGCUCGUCGAGUUCGAGGACGGCGAAGGCGACAUUGGAUCCAUGCAGAUAAAGCAGGCCAACUCGGUGGAGUGGCUGGACAUGAAGCACGUGUGGGGGGCCACGUGGUGCCUGGUGCGGGGCCCGCUCGUGGGGCCCUUCUCCGUGAGGCUGGCCACGCUGUCCGCCAAGAAGACGCUCACGGCCCGGGACGUCAUCCCCAGGAACUGGACGCCCAAGGCCACCUACACCUCGCGCCUCAACUUCGAGCCGUCCCUCUAGAAGAAAGGGGAGGAGGCCGCCGCCGGAGUGGGCGCGGCGCCCGUGGGCCCACGUUUUAUCGGCCCCGGACGGACACUGCCAUGUGGGCCCGCAAAGGCAUGUGGCCCACUUGGCAGGCAGCCAGGCAGGAAUCCUGUCCUAUUGGAUGGAUCGCAGCUGUUUUUCUGUAUGCAGGCAGCUUAGCCUGAUCGUAGUAUAGCUAGUGUAUGCUGAUGCAUAUGCAUCGGAAGUGUGUGAUGCUAGUAGUUUUUUGUUGUGAUUUGUGAGCAGAGUUCAGGAGCUUGCCCAGGUACCAAGCAGCCGCCGUCUCCAAAGGAGAGAGAGCGUUCGCUGCUUGCCCUGCUUGCUCGGGUCCUGGAAGGCCAGGAAUCGGAUGUGGAAGCUGGCCGGACCGUGGAUCACUCGUGGUCAUAGUGGGUCGUGGCGUCUUGUUCGCUCGUGUGUGCUUGUUCCGGCGUCGAUGUGCUUCUGUUUUGUGUUCGCCCUGAUUGAAAUGCAGAGUUCGUGACAAUGUCAGAAUCUUAUCUGUCCGCUA